AUGCAAUCGAUAGCGUUCACAGCUGCCCACCAGGAGUUCAAAGGGGUCAAUCCAAGCUCGUUCAAGUGUGUAUACUCCUUCAGGGAAAUCAGGAACUACCAGAGUGAGCAAGAGUGUGUCUUGCUUGCACUCUUAAAUCAGUUCUAUGCGAUCACAUUCACAGCUCACAAGAAGCAAACACUUGUGACAGUCCCAUUCUUCAGAAUUCUCACCAUAGAAGACAAAGAUCCGAUCUACUUCAAAGAGCUCAUCGAGAGAAGAAUAAGCGAGAGACUCAAUUCGGAGGUUGCGGAAGGAUCAUCGUUGAAAACAGCACUCAGAAGAUGCGAAAAUUAUAGAGUGGUGGACACCGUACACACUCUUGCUGACAUGUUGGAACUGAAAGGAUUUGAUUUUGAUGUCCAUGUGUCCACAGGAAAGAGAGGAACACUUAAGGCCGAAUCAAUUUUCGGAAUAAGAAAUGAAAACGACUUCUUUUUGUUCGACCAGGAACAAAUAUCGAGAAUAGGUGGAGAGGUUUCUAAAUACCUCCACUCACUCGAGUCGGUCGAUGGAGUCUGCACUAUACAGAGAAUGGAUAUCACUAUCGCUAAAAUACUCUGUCAGACUAAAUAA